AUGGCUUUGUGUUCUCCAACAUUUCCAAGUACUUCAGCUGUCGUUGCUGGUGCUGCUACCAAACGUGGUUGUUCAACUUUUAAUAGUUUAUACACCACACCAAAUAAAAGAAUUUGCUUGAAUAAUAAGAUUAGUGCUUUUGGUGGUAUUGGUUUUAAAGGAUUUUAUAAUUCUUCUUUAUCAUCCGAAGAAGAAGAUUCUGAAUCUGAUUCCGAUAAUGGUGCACAAUCCCCAUUUGAAGCUAUUCAAGUCAGAAGGAAACUUAUUCCUACACGAAAAUCCAGUGUUGUUCUUGCAGUCACUGGUUCAGAAACUGAGAUUGAAAAUCUCGAUUGCAGUACAGUUCAUUAUACUGAUAGUCAAGACGAUGGUAAUUGUGAUAAUAACAAUUCUAUUCCUAUUGCUGACAGGAAUGCUAGAACUCGUUGCUUUGAAUAUUUAAUUGGUGCCAUUGAUGAAGCUUGGGCUAGAUAUUGUGAUGCUACUACAUCUUUUGAAGAUGAUGUUUUUGGUUCCAAUAAAUCAGGUACUAGUACAACAAAAAGAGCUUACAAUGGAAAGCUCAACGAUAAUAAUGAUGAUAACGAGGAUUACGAUGAUGAUGAUGAAGAUGACAGUGCUGAUGAAACUUUUGAUAACAAUACUGAUAUUACAGAUUAUUCUGAUUUCCCACAUCAACAAACAAUUGCAUCAACACAAGCAUCAUCUAAACCAGAUCAAUCGUCUUGUCAAUUACAAGAUUUGAAAGUUCGUUUGACUAAAGCCAAAUAUUAUUUACAAGAAUUGGUUGAUUCUAAUGAUUAUAGAGAAAUUGAAUUGUUUUGGAAACGUUGGGAUAUGAUUAAAUAUUCAACCAUUGAAUUGGUUGAAGAUGAUGACGAUGAUGAAAUAAUCGAAUCCACAAUUGAAGAAUUAGAAAAUGGACGUUUAUUCUUGUAA